AAAGCACCUGGCGCUCUCAGUGCUGAGCUUCUUAAGCAAGCCCGACACUGCCUCGCAGACCUUCCUCAGAGCCACAUUCAAAAGAGCAAGAAAUUUUGUCUGCCCUUUUCCUCAUCAACUUCUCCUUGAUUGGACCUAGACCUGCCAUUAAAAAAUGAACCCCACAGAUAUAACAGACACUACCCUGGAUGAAAGCAUGUAUAGCAAUUAUUAUCUCUAUGAAGGCAUCCCGAAACCUUGCACCAAAGAAGGCAUCAAGGCAUUUGGGGGCAUCUUCCUACCCCCCCUUUACUUUUUGGUCUUUCUGUUUGGUCUGCUUGGAAAUUCCAUGGUAGUUCUGGUCCUGUUCAAAUACAAGCGGCUGAAGUCCAUGACUGACGUCUACCUACUCAACCUCGCAAUCUCGGAUCUGCUCUUUGUGUUUUCCCUCCCUUUCUGGGGCUACUAUGCUGCAGACCAGUGGCUCUUUGGACUAGGUCUGUGCAAGAUUAUUUCCUGGAUGUACUUGGUGGGAUUUUACAGUGGCAUAUUCUUCAUCAUGCUUAUGAGCAUCGAUCGCUAUCUGGCGAUUGUACACGCAGUGUUUUCCUUGAGGGCGAGGACCUUUACCUAUGGGGUCAUCACCAGCUUGGCCACGUGGUCAGUGGCUGUAUUCGCCUCACUUCCGGGCCUGUUAUUCAGCACUUGUUAUACUGAGCGCAACCAUACCUACUGCAAAACCAGGUACUCACUCAACUCCACAACAUGGAAGGUUCUGAGCUCCCUGGAGAUCAACAUCCUAGGAUUGGUGAUCCCCUUGGGGAUCAUGCUGUUUUGCUACUCAAUGAUCAUCAGGACCCUGCAGCACUGUAAAAACGAGAAGAAAAACAAAGCGGUGAAGAUGAUCUUUGCCGUGGUGGUCCUCUUCCUGGGGUUCUGGACACCUUACAACAUAGUGCUCUUCCUUGAGACCCUGGUGGAACUAGAGAUCCUUCAGGACUGCACUUUUGAAAGACACCUGGACUAUGCCAUUCAGGCCACAGAAACCCUGGCUUUUGUUCACUGCUGCCUUAAUCCCGUCAUCUACUUUUUCCUGGGGGAGAAAUUCCGGAAGUACAUCGUACAGCUCCUCAAAACCUGCAGGGUCCCUUUUCUGCUCUGCCGAUACUGUGGGCUCCCCCAACUCUACUCUGCUGACACCCCCAGCUCAUCUUACACACAGUCCACCAUGGAUCAUGACCUCCAUGAUGCUCUCUAAAAAAAAAAAAUGCAAAAACAAAAACAAAAACUCAGACUUUAUAAACUUCUCAAAUUAAGAGCUUACUUAAAAUCGUAUUUUAGUAAGGGUUCCCCGAGAAGUUGUCAGAAAGAAGAUUUGCGUCCAUAGCAGAAAGUUCACUUUUCACCCCGAAAUUAGCAUGUCCUUUUCCAACAUGCAAUUUCAGACUGGCAAGAGUUCACCUGCACUGAGGCAUCCUCCUUCACACCAGGCGUGCAUGCAGGGAUGAGUAAAUCCGAGGAGGAGAAUUCUGAGUAGUGUUUCAUACUGAAGGGGAAAGACCAUUCCCUUCAAACCUGAACUGGUGGGGUUCCCCAGAGGAAAUUGUAAAGAAUUGACUAAUGGAGUAUAUUGCUACUUUUGCUGUGAAAAAUGAGCCCUUAAACUAAUCUCUAGCUUCUCUGGAACAAUAUAGAAGACUUUGACAUGCUCUCCUAGUAUUUUUCUAAUAAUAUAUCUGAGGCACGAUAUAUUGCAUGAAGCCAAAUAUAUGCAGAAACAAUUAGUAAAGUAGUGGACCUAGACCUUGAUUCUUUUGUUGCAAAGGAUUAUUUGUUAAUUGAAGCCAAACUUCUUGCGUUAAUUACAAGUAUAAGGAUAUGAAGGCAUUAGCAGUUCUGAUUUCCAGCAAGAAAUACAAGGCAUUCAAAAUCCAAAUGUACUUGCGGAAAUUCAAACACAGUUUCAUUUCCGGUGGACAUGUUUUGUUUGGUGUUAAUUACAGUAGAUGAAUAUUUACAUUAAAAAAUAAUACAUAGGUAACAAAUACAUUUAUUUGGGGUCUUUAAUUUGUUUACAAAAAAUGCUUUCAAAAUUAAAAAUGAGGAGGACUAAUAAAGUAUGAUGAUGCCUUCUUAAUCAUUUUGAAGUGCUUGCCAUCAAUUGAGUUGAGAAUAAUCAACUAAAAGUUACUACUGAUGUGGCAUAAAAAUGACCCUGUCAAAAAAUGAUGAAAUUGUAAAGUGUCAUCCUCUCUUUUAAAAUAUUGGCCCUUGUUUUAAACUUUUGAGUUACUCAAAAGUUUGGUCAGCAAUUUCUUACAAGUCAUUUUAGUAAUCUAAUUAAUCAUUUUAUACCAUUUAGAUAAAUUGCUAUCUCUGUCCUUACAGCCUUACUCAGAAUAAGCAAAAACUCCAACAAAGUCUGGGGAGACCUCUAAUCCCUCCAAAACCAGUAACCUAUUUGCAAGCUAUUAACUGAGUUAAUCAGUUUGAGGUGCUUCUGUAAGUUUUCACAUUAUUGCAUGCCCUACAUUUUUUUAAAUAAAAAAUGUAUUUCCAGAAAACAUAGUUUCAGAAAAGUAAUUUUAAAAGCUGAUGUCUGUAUAGAAAUAAGACAGAACAAAAUAAACUUGUAUAU